GUUUUGAAAAAGACAUAGAAAAUAAACUGCCUAUUCUUGAAGAAGUUACCGAAAAAUCAAUUACUACUAAAGAUAAAAAACCUACCCAUAUUCUUAUUGAAGGCGACAAUUAUCACGCACUUACUUGUUUGAACUAUACCCACAAAGGCAAGGUUGAUGUAAUUUAUAUCGACCCACCCUAUAACACGGGACAAGACGGUUUUCGUUAUAAAGACAAAAGAAUUUUAUCCGAAUAUCCUGACGGCACUGAAGUACCGAAAGACCACCCAUUCCGGCAUAGUUAUUGGCUUUCAUUUAUGCGAAAGCGUCUUGAACUUGCCAAAGACCUUCUAACCCUUGAAGGAGUUAUUUUUAUCAGCAUAGAUGACAACGAGUUUGCUCAAUUAAAGUUGCUUUGUGAUGAAAUUUUUAGUGAUACAACUAAUAAAGGAUAUGUCGGAACUUUGAUUUGGCAAAGAAAAUCAGGUGGCGGCAACUCAAAGAAGAUCGUUAGAGGACAUGAGUAUAUUCUUUGCUAUUCAAGAAGCGAUGAACUUACACUUACCCAAAAGAGUAACAGGAGCAUUGGGCAUGUUAAGAAAUGGAAACAAGGAAAUAAAAAUAAGUAUGUUUCGAAAGAUGGAAAAUUAUAUUUUGUGAAUGACGAUAUUAUUAGGCGUGUAUUUGGCAAGUAUGAAAAAGGAAUUGAAAGACGUUGCGAGUACGAAAACCUAUUAAAGUUUAGGGGCGAAAAAUUAAAAAAAGAGGUAGACGAAAAACUAGUUUCGGGCGAGUAUAUUCUUAAUAAAGCAAAAAAUGGUAUGCACUACAUUUGCCGUCUUGAAGAAGUUGCUAGCAUGCGACAAGUUAUGUAUACGAUUUUACAAAGUUUCUUGUCUGAAGUUGGUAAAAACGACCUCGCAGAGUUAGGAAUGGAUACACUCUUUGAUUAUCCUAAACCAGUCGGGCUUAUAAAAAUUUUGUUGAAUACAAUCCUUAAUAAAAAAUCAGUAGUGCUAGAUUUCUUUGCGGGUUCAGGAACAACAGGACAGGCUGUCUUAGAAUUAAACGAAGAAGAUGGAGGUUCUCGCCAAGUUAUUCUUGUUACAAAUGAUGAGAAUAAAAUAAUGACAGAUGUAUGUCUUCCUAGAAUGGAAAGGCUUACGAAAGGAUAUAAAGCAUACAAAGGAUUGGGUAAUUCUUUUAAGUACUAUAAAAUCGCUUUCGUUGGUGAAAACAAUAUUUUUAACGCUAAUGACAAAGAUAAGGUGCAACUUGCUCAUCAUGCAGGAGAAUUGCUUUCUAUUGCCGAGAACACUUUAGAAAAAACUGAAAAGAACGAUUACUGA